AACAAGUAGUAAACAUCAGAAAGAAAGAGCAAGAAGAGAGAGAGAGGGAAGGUUUAAUUGCACAGUUAAAUAGCAACUCAAAGGAAUUAGAAAUGGAAGUUAAGAGGCUCCAAGAAGCUUUACAGGAGAGUCAGAAUGAAUUGGAGAAAACUUGUCAGCUUUAUAAUGAAAGAGUUGCUGCUUUAGAAAGGAACAGUUCAUCACCAAAAGCUUUUUCUCCUCAGGGUGAAUGCAUGGGAAAAGUUUUCAGUGAUUUGAGAGUUUCUGAAUUGGAGUGUGUUCUAGAACAGUUAAGGUCGCAGCUAGAGAGUCAAAAAGAACUUAGCCAAUUUUUAGAGAGAGAAAAAACAAGUAUCAAAAUGAAGUUGUUUCAUAUACAAGAAAAGUUGAAAUGUUAGAAUCACAGCUCUGCCAAUCACUCAAUGAAAAAACUGUUGUUGAGAAAGAAUUGAGAGAACAACUUGAAAUGCUUGCAAUAGAAAAAGAAAAAACAUUAGAAUUACUUCGUAGUACUCAGUAUGAACAAAAUAAGUUAUUAGAAGAUCAUACAAACUUAGAACAAGAAAAGCAGAAAAUUGAAGAAAAUGCUAAAAAACUGAGAAUGGAAAAUAACAAUUUAACAUUAAACAUCCAAGAGCUGGAAAUUGAAAAAUGUAAAAUUGAAACAGAUUGCCAGGAUAAAGCUGAAAAAAUGUCCUGUUUAUGGAAAGAACUUGAAAAUUUGCAGGCAUUGCUUUCAUCAGCACAGAAAUCAGAAAACUGUCUAAAUUCUGAAUAUCAAGAGCAUUUACAGGAAUGUCAAAAAGAAAAACUAAUAUAUUGUGAGAAAAUAAGUACAUUUGAAAGUCAAGUCAAUAAUCUCACAGUAGAAAAAUAUGAAAUACAGAAAAGAUUUCAAAAAAAUAUUGAUGAGCUCUAUCAAGAAGUGGAAACAAAGAAGCAGGAGUUGAAAACUAUGCAAGUAGAUUUUCAAGUUAAAGUUCAACAAAUGCAGUGUGUAGAGGCGGAGCUGAACACAAGAAUAGAUAGCUUAAGUCAAAGAAAUGAGGAAUCAGAAAAUGUGAUCACAGAAAAACAUAAAGAAAUAACACAACUGAAAGAGGAAAAAGAGGGGUAUUCCCAAGAAAAACUAAAGUUGGAAAUGCAACUCCAAAAAGGUUAUGAAAAGCUGAAAUCUGAGGAAGAGAAGAGGAUGAAGUUAGAGUCUGAAAAGAAUGAAUUUUUGAACCAACUGAAACAACUGGAUGAUAAAAUCAGUAAGCUUGAGAGCAAUGCAGAUUGUCUAAUUAAAGAAAAGGCUGAGCUGUAUCAAGCUUCUGAGAGAAACUUGUGUAUAAUGAAUAAGCUUAAAAACGAGCUUCGGAAAGCAGAAGAGAGAAACUUCUCUUUAACAGAGUGUAAAGCAUCCCUGGAAAGGAAGCAUGAAGCGCAACUGAAGAUCAACAUAUCUGAGAAAGAACAAUUCACAAAAAGGGUAUCUCAAGCUGAGAACCAGUGUAUCGCUUUAAAGGAGGAAAUCAUCGGCAAAGAGAAGGUUUGGAAAGAGGAAAUGGAAAAUCUACAGAAACAUUUUGUUAGUCAAGUAAACAAAUUGCAUUCAGACAUUGCUGAGUACACAGAGUUUAAUCAACAACUUAAGAACAAGUUAAAUGAUGUCAGAAAAGAAAACGAGGAAGAAAAAAGAAACUUGUUAAACAAGUUGACCCAGAGUGAAACAAAAGUUGAGAGUGUUAAAAAGGAAAAGGAAGAAACUGUUAAUGCCCUUUUUAAUAAAACAAAAUCUUUAGAAAAUGAAAAUCAGUUGUUGAUAGAAAAAAUUAAUGAAACUGAAAGAAAUUUUCAAAACAUGCAGGAAUCAAAGAAAACAUUAGAGAGUGAGUAUUAUAUGUGUGUUGAGCAGAAAGAACAUGACAAAGAAUUGUUAUCUAAGAAUAUCAGUGAACUUCUUGAACAAAAGAAAAAAAUGGAAGAUCAAUAUCAAUCCCAGAUCAUCCAGUCUAGGAAAGAGAUUCAAGUCCUAGUUUCUGAAAAGGAAGAAGAGCACUCAAGUUUUCAAUUGGAAAAACAAAUAUUAAAAAAUCAGAUUGAUGAAUUUUUGAGCAUUAAUGGAACUUUGGAAGUUAAAGCUGAUCAAUUAGAGAAGGAAUUACAGCAGUCUCAUGCACAGUUAAAAGAAAUAAAGCAGGAACUAGAAUACACAAAAGUGAUUCACAGUGAAGAAGUUGAAAAAUAUGAUUCUGCACAAAAAUUCUUUCAGGGAAAGAUUGGAGUGUUAGAAAAUGAUCUGAACCAAAAGAAUGAAAAUAUAGGCAAAUAUGUUGAAGAAAUUAAGGAAAAAGAAGCAUAUAUAUGUGAUAUUAGAAGGAUAAUUAAAGAUCUUCAAGCAGUAAUCAAAGAAACCAAAAAUAUUGCCUCUUCAAAGAAGGAUAAGAAAAACAUAUCUUUUGCACUUAUGAGUGUUGUUGAAGAAAUAACAACCAACAAUGCAAAACAACUUCAAACUGAUGAAGAAAAGAAACUGAAUGGGAGUAAGAUCCAAAUAGAAGAAACUUCAGAACAUAUAGAAAAUCACCAGUUAGAAAUGGAGAAACGUGCGACUUCAGUCUCCGAAAGAUUAAAUUGGUCCAAUUCACAAGUUCCAGAACUAGAAAAUCAUAGGGAGAAAAUUCAAAAGGAGUUUAUUUGGCAAGAAACAAAUAAUUCAAAAGAAGAAGCACAAAUCAAAGAAGACAGGAAAUUGAUUGCUAGUUGCGAUGAGUUGAUAGCUUCUGAAGAGUCUUUUGCCAAUGUAGAUAAGGAAAAUGAAAUGCUUGAAAAUCUAGUGAUUCUGGUGAAAUCAGUAAACCAAGAACUUGAAGGAAAACUUAUUUCUGUUGAAUUAACAAAAGACACUUUAAGCUCUAAAAUAGAUGAACUUGAACCACAGGUCAAAGAACUUUUAAAAUGUAAAAAUACAUUUGAAUCUUUAGUUGAAACCCUUGACAAAGAAAAAUCUGAAUUAGAAAAUGCAUACCAACAACAGAAAUUAUUCAUUGAAGCUCUUGAAAAAGAGAAAAAAAUUCUGGAAACAAAGGUUAGUGAAAUUAGUAAUGCUUAUGAGCAGUCAACAACAAGCUUUGAAAUAAUACAAGCCAAAAAAAUAGAACUAGAGAACAUAAAGGAGAGGCUGGAACAUGAUCUUUUGAACUUGAAACAAGAGAAGGAGGAAAUUCAGGACAACUUAAAUAACCUGUCUGAAGAUAAUGCGGUUUUGAACUCAAAAUUCACUGAUGUAAAACAUGAAAAAGAAAGAAUAGCUGAUAAUAAGUUGGAAUUUAGGAACCAACAACUUGUGAAGGACAAGGAGGCUCUCGAGACAAUAGCAAAGCAGUUUGAAAAUGAAAAAAAAGAACUAAAAACAAAAACUCAAAAUUGUGAAAGUCUGGUGAAAAAUUUUGAGAUGGAAAAUAAGUCUUUGAGUGAGAAAGUUAUCCUGUUAGAGGAGCAACAGGCUAAACUGUCAUGUCAACUAAAAAACACACAAGAAGAAAAGGAGGAAACAGAAAAGAAAUAUAAGGAUCUGAAGAUUUUUAUUUUCAUCAGGUAUAGCGAGCAGAUUGAUGUGUAUAAAGCAUAUACAUCAGAAAAGAAAAACCAAGUAAAUGAACUUCAGAAGUCUCUUGAAAAUCAAAAACAAGCUCUACUGCAAGAGAAAAGAACUGUUGCUGCGUUUCAGUCAGAUCUUAAAGAUGCCCAUGAAAAAAUUUCAACUCUAGAAGAAAACAUUGAACAACAUAAAGCUAUCCUGAAUCAUGAGAAAGAACAAAAUAAAUUACUUGAAGUACAACUUCAGUAUGCCAGUUCAGAAAUAAGAAAACUUCAAAAAGAAAGGAACUCCAGUAACGAGAGUUUGUCUCAAAUGCAGAACAAGGUGAACCUCGCCUCAUCACAGUCUCAGCCAAGUGUUGGUAAUACUGUACAACAUUUGGCUUCUUCUGCAUACAGUGUGACUAUGAUGCUACCGCAUGAAGCAAUGGACAAUAUUUUUAAUGUUGAAGAGAAAAGGCCUUUAAAGUCAGCAAGUACUCAGACAGUCAGCCAAGUUCCUUCAAUUACUAUUUCCAGGUUCAAUCCGACUGUAAGCUAUGCUGAAGAUAACCUGUCUGGGUGUUUUAAUAACCUCGAAUCUGUACAUUGCAGUUUCAACAUGACCUCCAACAGUCUGAAUCCUUUGAACUCCCUGAGCCUCUUAGCAAGAACAGGUAAUGAAUUUCCCUGUGAAGAUGAAGAAGGACAGUUCAUGGACAACACCAACCUGAUAGACCUAAAAGCUGGAAGAUGCAAGGUAGAUGGAGGGAACUGGCGGCGUCUCACUGAACUUCAGCGACGAAACACACUGUGCCUGCCACAUCUGAAAACAUCGUAUCCUGUGGAGACACAAAUGCAUGACAUCAGAAACUUUCCCGAUGAUGCUUUAAAGGCAGGCCCUGUCAUUGAAGAGCCAUUUAUAUUAAGAGAACGAACUAAUAAACUUAUGUCUGAUCGUAGAAUGACUUUGGCUAUUUCAAACCUAACAGCAGACAAGGUUCACACUUCCCCAACUGGAAAUAAACGUAAACGUACAGAUUCCACUGAGUCAGAAUCUUCCAUUGGAUCAUUUAAGGGAAGGGGUGCACCACUACAGCCAACUUAUUCUAAACCUGGACCACCUACCCCUGGAAAAACCCGAUUGAGCAAACAGCAGUUGGCAUCAUCCAUCUCUCCAGCUCCAUUCAGUAAUGCUUCUAAAAUUUUUAAGACUCCCUCUAGUAUCAAGAAGAAAUUAAGAGAACGUUUUAGUCGUACUCCAAAAGAAGGGAAGAGUUCUAAGUAUAACAAACGGAAGCUUGGAAAGGAAAAUGAGUGGUAGAUAGUUCUUUAUAACAUUUUGUUUGUUGGUAGUAUAAUGUAUCGUAGAGUGGUCAACUAAACUUAGUUUCAAAACUUGAUUUUCAUAAGUCUGCUUUUGUGUGAUCAGAUGUUUUUAUUUUAUUUUAUUCAGCAGAAAUAGUUGUAAUAUUUGAGAACAAAAGAAAUUGUAUUUAUGUUAAUGGCUAGAUAGAAAAUGUUUUGGAUAUAUGUAAACCUAGCUGUUAAUUAGAAACAUAUAUUAAUUACAAUCAUAGUAAUGUACUUGGAACAUUCCAAUUUUUCAACUCAGAAAUGUAAAAAGAUUGAAAUUCAGACAGCAAAUUAUCUAUGACACUUUAAAGCUUGGGAUUGAAAUAUCACAAAGCUUUAAAAUUUCCUAUUAAAGUGUAAGCUAGUUAUUGUUAAUUUUGGGUGACUGUCGUAGUAAAUUAGUCAUUUCCAUGCAUUAAAAAUUUUUUUGAUGCCUACGCAUAAAGUAACAUUUUUUCAUCCUCAGUUGUCUGAAUUUUAUUAUAUGAGAAGUCAUAAAGUAAGUUUAUAAUUUUGGAAGAAAGAAAUUAGAGCAAUUUGCACUUUAAGUAUUCAAAAUGACAAUAUUAGUUUGUCUUAGCUUCAAGUAGGCAAAAGUUAUAAGUAUGUAAUAGUAUAUGUUAGCUCUCUUAAAAUAACCUGUGACAAUAUCAGAAAGAUUAGAUAUAGAUUUUUAACCAACUCUAGUGUUUCUUACAACACAGAAUAAAACCCUUUUUUAUUUUUAUAUGCAUACUGAAAUGUAACGUUUUUAAUUAAUAAAUAAUAUCAAGGUUUG